AUGUCUUACUGGGCUCACUCGUUCACCCAUUGCGGCUCAAACACCCAAGCGCUCUUAGUCUUAGCCCGUUCAGGUCUUCCUUCUGCCAAGCCCGGCACAGAUGCCUCUUGUUGCUCAUUCAGCACAGAGGACUGGACUUCGGUCCUGACAAUCUCGCCGGCUGCGAUACAUGAGUUUGACCGGAGGACCGGAAAUAGAUUUGGAGCCUGGGCAUCCCUUCCCUCCUGGGCUCCGGAUGAUCACACGCCUGCGUGCGCUCAUGCUGUCCAGGGGACCAGGCCGCAGGGGCAGGGUCUCGCUCACCGAACACGUGCGAGGGUCAUCAAUUCAUUCAAGGAGAAGAGGUAUACUGUUGCUUGUGAAGAACAACAGUGUGGUUGGAGAGUAUGUGCUAGGAAGACGAAGGCAGGCAAAUGGAAGAUUACCUCAGUGAAGCAACCACAUGUUUGUGCCACUACUGAGGCAGAAGAGAACCAUCUGCAGCUCAAUUCUAGGUUCAUUGCAAGGCAAUUAUGCCCCGUGGUGAAGCAUAUGCCAACCGUUAUGGUGUCUGCGUUGGUUGAGAUCAUCUUCCAACGGAUGGAUCGGUUCCCCCUUCUUGAUCCAAGGUUCGAUGAGCACCACCGGGCUCGGAGGAUCGAGAACGGAGAGGUUUUGAAUGUGCUGAGGCCAAUGACACAUGAGGCCUCUACGACCAUGGUCUACGACGAGAGGUACACGCCCCUCCUGAAGCUGGCGAACCUUGCUACCGUUGCUCGUGUUUGUCGUCGAGGCACGCCACCUUUCAACCCAGCUGCGCUGACGAUUUGGAUGUGGAGAGGCUUCCAGGUUGGGAGACCGCAUCGCCUUGAUCCCCACAACCUUGGUUUCCUCAAGGAGACGCAGCUUGUCGCCUUCUACCAUGGCACACCUCACGAAAGCGAGCCCACGGAACAUACCACGUUCAACAAACAAAAAAAUAAGAAGAUCACCAACUGGCAGCUGGAGCACCAGCGCUACAUUGAUGAGUGGAUGUUGAUGGAGCAGAACAACAUGGGCAUCCACGCCGUCCAUCGUGACAAGGCAUUCGAUGAUUACCUUGUUUGCAUGGAGAUAAUGAGGACAGUGGCCGAGCAAGGAAGGGCAUUGAUGAUUCCUGUGGGCGAUCCUGAUGAGGCCUCCAUGUUACGACAGCACAUUCAGCGUGCCAUGCAUCGCCUCCGAAAGGUAGCUGCACGCCUUGGAUGUAGACGUUCCUCGGAUGUGGCAGUCCCACAACAGCUUGGUGCUGGACCUUCUACUGCACAUGUUGGAGGGACUUCAUCUUCACAUGGUGCACAUGGUGGCAGGACUUCUUCUUCACAUGGUGCAGCAACUAGUGCAGAGGGUGGUCAAGGACAUGGUCAUUAUGAUGAUGAAGAUGAUGAAGGACAGGGAGAGUACUAUGAUCAUGAGUAUGAUGAGAUUGGCAUGUCCCAGCUUGGAGAUGCACCCCAAGGAACUCAAGGCCCCUCCGGUUCUGGACGUCCACAGAGGACGCUCAGACCAGUGGACAGGUACACUCCAGGCAGCAGAGCUCGUCAGCAGCAGCUUCCAUUCUUCUGCUUGGCCCUCUCACUGCAUGCCCCUUAUCAUGCCAAUUCUCUCUCCUUCAGCUACAACUACAGCUCCUUCAACCCCGAUGACUUCAGGCCGGAGGACGACGCACGGGCACUCGAUGGCAGGAUCGAGCUGCUCGGCGACGAGUUCGCAGGGCGUGCCAGGGGGCGGGCGUGGCACAAGCAGCCGGUGCAGCUUUGGGACGGCACCACCGGCGAGGCUGCCAGCUUCACCGCGAACUUCAGCUUCAGCAUCCAGUCAGUGCCUGGCAAGGGCGCUGCAAGCGCCGGGCACGGCAUGACGUUCUUCCUCGCGCCGUACACGCCGGACCUGCCGCAGGAGUCCUACGACGGCUGCCUCGGCCUCUUCGAUGAGAGCGAGGUGCCUAACUACUCCAGGUUCAACGCGUCCGGCGACUCGAGGUUCGUCGCCGUGGAGUUCGACAUCCACAAGGACAUCUGGGACCCGAGCAGCCAGCACAUCGGCAUCGACAUCAACAACAUGGACUCCCGCGGCGACUACACGGUGUUGCCAGACGGCAGCCUCGUCGACGCCGGCGUGGUGUUCGCGACAGUCGUCUACGACAACCGCACGCGCGGUCUUGACGUCACCCUGAUGGUCGGAAGCGCCACUUACACGUCCGUAGCCACCGUGGACUUGAGAAGCUUGACGCCGGAGAAAGUCGCAGUUGACUUCUCGGCGGCGACAGGCGACGAGUACGCUGCAAACCACACGGUUCUCGUUCGUCUCGACGUUGGCAACCAAGAACAGCACCUCCAUCCCUGUGACCUCGUCCACCAAGAAGACCACUCUACAACUCAGCGCCGGAGCGGCCGCCGCCGGGUUGCUGGUUCUCCUGCUCGUCGCCACCGUGGCGGUGCUACUAGUUCGGCGGUCAAGCAGAAGGGCAAGCAACCAUACGACGAAGAGAAGCUAACCACCGACGGCGACGACUCCCUCGACGUCGUCGAUGACAGCGACUUCGAGUCCAGCACGGGGCCCCGACCCAUCCCGUACGCCCAACUCGCGUCGGCGACCAAGGACUUCGCGGCGGAGGGGAAACUGGGGCAGGGCGGGUCGGGGUCGGUGUACCGCGGCCACCUGAAGGAAAUCGGCCAAGAAAAUUGGCAGAUGAAGCCUCCCGCGGUCCUGCCCAAAAAAGCAGAAAAAUGCACAUAUGCCAACGUGGAAAAGCCAGCAAUUCAACCAAGUGGAAAUUUCAAAUCAAAUUAG